AUAUUUGACUGAAUAUGAUUAUGUUUAUCAGGUGAAAAAAAGUAAUAUUUGUGUAAGAAACAAAUGGGCACGCGUGGGCCACGUGACCAAGGGUGUUCCCUGGAUUAACGUCCGGGUAGGAAACGCAAACAAAAUGGCUGGGAAGAAGAAAGACACUGAAACCUUCGAUGUGAUCGACUUGGCCGAGCAGGUGAAGAAGCAGAGAUGGUGGAACAAAAUGUUCGGCAAUAAUUCUGGCCCGGCUGCUGAGAAGUAUUCAGUUGCAACACAACUGGCCAUUGGUGGAGUGACUGGGUGGUGCGCAGGGUAUCUGUUUCAGAAAGUCGGAAAAGUUGCAGCGUCGGCUGUCGGAGGCGGCUUCUUUUUGCUUCAGAUCGCUAAUCACACCGGAUACAUUACAGUUGACUGGAAGAGAGUGGAGCAGGACGUGAACAAGGCCAAGAAGCAGCUGAAGCUGAAUGCAGAGAAGACGAAUAAAGAAGUGACAACAAAAGUGCAAGAGGUGCAGACAUUCGUGAAAAAGAACAUCGUCCUGACCGGAGGCUUCGUGGGAGGAUUCCUGCUCGGUCUGGCGUCUUAACGAGCCCCUCGUCCAUUUUACGUGGUCUUAGAAAAGAACGUACCGCACGCAACAAAUACAUUUACUUUUCUUUGACAACUUAUUUAUAUACUGUAUCGUAGGUGUUAUAAAUCAUGACACAGCAUUUAAAUAUAUUUGCACUGAUUUCAUGCCUUUCGGUGUUCUUUUGACAUUUUGAUUUCUGAUUCGUUUUCCCUUGAUGUUACAUUCUGGGUUAUAUUUUGUGAUAUGAAAGAUAAUGGUACAUAUUUAAAUAUGUAUGUCCAAAGAUGUGUACAGACACGAGACAGCCUUUAUGCACUGUGUUUAGACUGACAUAAGAGAUUUAAAAAGUGUUUCAAGAAUUUUCCCAGUGGAUUAUAAAGCUCGAUUUUAAAGAGGAUGCUUAAUGAUUCAACAACAAAAAGCAAGUAGUGAUUCCUUCUUUUCAUAACCACCAAUAAACAUUUCAAACAAUU